CGGGGCGGGGCUGUGAGCCCAGCGCCAGCCUGCUCGCCAGGUCUCCGGCGUGCAGUCGGAAUUGCCGCCCGCCAUGGCCCCCGGUGCACGCAUCGUCGCCGCGCUGGCCGCUCUCCUCGCCGCCGCCGCUACAGGCGGAGAUGCCCGGCCCAGCAAAAUCGCUGUGGUUGGGGCCGGAAUCGGAGGCUCUGCAGUGGCCCAUUUCCUCCAGCAGCACUUCGGCCCCCGGGUGCAGAUCGAUGUGUAUGAGAAGGGGACUGUAGGUGGCCGCCUGGCCACCAUCUCAGUCAACAAGCAGCACUAUGAGAGCGGAGCCGCCUCCUUCCACUCCCUGAGCCUGCAUAUGCAGGGCUUCGUCAAGCAGCUGGGGCUGAGGCACCGGCGUGAGGUGGCAGGCAGGAGUGCCAUCUUCAGCGGGGAGCAUUUCGUGCUGGAGGAGACCGACUGGUACCUGCUGAAUCUCUUCCGCCUCUGGUGGCAAUACGGCAUCAGCUUCCUGAGGCUGCAGAUGUGGGUAGAAGAGGUCAUGGAGAAGUUCAUGAGGAUCUAUAAAUACCAGGCCCAUGGCUAUGCCUUCUCGGGUGUGGAGGAGCUGCUCUAUUCGCUGGGGGAGUCCACCUUCAUCAACAUGACGCAGCGCUCCGUGGCUGAGUCCCUGUUGCAGGUGGGCGUCACACAGCGCUUCAUCGAUGACGUUGUCUCUGCCGUCCUGCGGGCCAGCUACGGCCAGUCGGCAGCGAUGUCCGCCUUUGCUGGAGCCAUGUCACUAGCCGGGGCCCAAGGCAGCCUGUGGUCAGUGGAAGGAGGCAACAAGCUGGUUUGUUCUGGUCUACUGAAGCUCACCAAGGCCAAUGUGAUCCACGCCACAGUGACCUCUGUGGGCCUGUUCCAGACAGAAGGAAAACCCUUGUAUCAGGUACAUUAUGAGAGUGAGGCAGGCAGUGGCUCCGACUUUUACGACAUCGUGGUCAUCGCCAGCCCUCUGCACCUGGAUGGCCACAGCACCAUAACCUUCGAGGGCUUUGACCCACCCCUUGUUGUCGUCCAGGGCGCCUACCAGCCUGCGGUCGUGUCCUUGGUCCAUGGCUACCUCAAUUCCUCCUACUUUGGUUUUCCUGACCCUAAGCUUUUCCCCUUUGCCAGUAUCCUCACCACAGAUUUCCCUAGCUUCUUCUGUGCUCUGGACAACAUCUGUCCUGUCAACAUCUCAGCCAACUUCCGGCAGAAGCAACCUCAGGAGGCAGCCGUUUGGCGAGUCCAGUCCCCCAAGCCCCUCUUCCGGUCUCAGCUAAAGACCCUCUUCCGCUCCUAUUACUCAGUGCAGACAGUUGAGUGGCAGUCCCACCCACUAUACGGCUCCCCCGCCACCCUCCCGCCGUUCGCACUCCAUGACCUACUCUUCCACGUCAAUGCCCUGGAGUGGGUGGCCAGCUCCGUGGAGGUGACGGCUGUAGCUGCCAAAAAUGUGGCCCUGCUGGCUUAUAACCGCUGGUACCAGGACCUAGACAAGAUUGACCAAAAGGACUUGAUGCAUAAGGUAAAGACAGAACUGUGAGGGCUCUGGGGAAAGCCUUGGAAUGCCUCUCCCUUGCUGAAGGAGGACCAGGACACCCCUACAGCAGCCAAGGCUGUACCAGCCACAUGCGUCUGCCAAACCCUUUUCUGACCCCUCGUGUUGAGCAUCUCCCUCCAGUGUGGGUCCAGGUGGCCUGCUCUCUGCUUUUCUAUCUUAAGGAUUCUCACAGUGCCUGCUUUUUAAGGAGGUAAGAGAAGGGAAGGAAAUUCAUGCCAGUUUAUUCAUUGUAUUUAUUUUUUUUUAAGAAAUAAAAAUCCAUUUUCUAAA